AUGGAUUAUCGUGAGAAUCGAAAUGAAUCGAGGAAAAACGAGGAUAUUCGUGGGCCCUAUUGGCAAUCCGGCAAGAUGUCUUAUCAUUGUCCACGUUGUAACGCCGGAUACACUUAUAAGAAGACCUUGAAGACCCACAUGAAGUAUGAUUGCGGAAAGGAGCCAAGAUUCAAGUGUCCUUAUUGCAAUAAAAGGGACAAGUAUAAUCGAGAUAAUCAGAAGUUGGCUAAUUUGGAACUGAUUUAUGGAUCGUUGCCAUACGAAAGAUCUGCGGUUGGUUCUGAUUUAGGAUACAAAUAUCAUUACGAUCAACGGAAGAGUUUCGAGUGUCUCAAGUGUGGUACAUUUUUCACGCAAAAGACAACGAUAACGAGACACGUAAGAUACUUCUGCGGACGGGGAUAUCGUUAUCAGUGUCCUUAUUGCGAUACCAAAGCAUCAUGCUCGUCGAACAUCUACAGACACGUGAGAUCACGUCACAAGGGUUUAGAGGCACAUGCCGUAAAGCUCUUCACAUCAUUCGAACCCCAUAGAACGACUCAUCAGUACGGGAAUACCAUCGAUGGAGAACAAUCUCAACGUAUUUGGCGUGACAGUCCAGAAGGGAAACGACGGAAAAUCUAUUCCGAUAACAAGAGUCACUACUGUCCAAGAUGCAAUCGGGGAUUCACGCUGAAGAAGAACAUGAAUCGUCACUUACGUCACGAAUGUGGAAUGGCACCAAAAUAUCAAUGUCCAUAUUGCGACAAACCAUCAAAAUUCACUCAAAAUAUUUAUGCGCAUAUUCGAAAGUAUCAUCCUGGUCAAUCGUUAUCUUUCUUUCAAGCGUCAUCGUCGUCAUCUUAUUUCCAUGGAGUACCACUUCUACCUGGGAGAAGAGUAAGAAGAUGCCUAAUUCCAAACACGGCUUUGAGAGGGACCUACGAAUGUCCAAAUUGUCGAAAGAUCUACAAGUGGUAUCGGGGUCUUCACAGGCAUUUGACGUACGAAUGCGGCAAGGCACCACGUUUCAAGUGUCCUCAUUGCGUCUACGCAGGAAAACAUAGAUCUCACGUCUACUCCCAUAUCAAGAGCAAUCAUCAUAAUCGACCUGUUUACGCGCUCGACACUCAAGAAGAUUAA